AUGUCUGGAAAGCUCGACCAGUCUCUCGACGAGAUCAUGAAGGACCGCAAGCCCGCCAGCAAAGGACGACGAGGCCGUCUGCCCAACCGCAAAGCCGCUGUCAAGUCCAAGGCUGCGACCACCGCCGUUAUCGCCCCGGCGGGAGGUAUUCAGAAGAAGGGCAAGGUCGCAAAGCCCACCAGAGGCGCUGCGCCACCUGCGCCAGCCGCUACCGGAGACAGCAAGAUCUCCGUCUCUAACCUGCCCGAGGAUGUGAACGAGGGGAUGAUCAAGGUACGUUGACCGGAAGGACCGCACGGCAUCCGCUUUCGCCGCCGUUUUUCGAUCUUGUACACUUUGCACGCCUAAAUAUUGGGGAUGUGGAAAUGGCUUUGGCCUUCCUUGAGGGAUUGAGUCUGUAAGACUCGCAAGUCCAUCAUGCUCUGCGCUCGCUCGCUUCAUGAAGCAUACAGCACCGCACUACGAGCUGGGACAUACUCUCCGUCUUGCGCAAAAUCCUCUCGAGUCGCCUGCCUGGCAAGCAGUUGCGUAUGAGGUGCAGACGUGACCGCACUGGAUUGGUAUCAGAGAGCAAGCAGCAUGUCUUGUCACGCGAGACAACGGCAAAGAGAGGACUUCACACGGACUUGGAUGGGGUUGCAAGACGAGAGUCCGGCGAAGAUGCUCAACGCGCGAAGUGGAUGUUGUCUUGUCCUGUUCCUGAACAUCUAUACUGCGACCGAGUCCACGGCACACAUCCCGUCUGUGGACGGCAAAGUUUGGAAACGCAAUGCGACACUCAACACCGCUCGACGGCUGCUUGCUUGCUCUCUGACCCAAUGUGCUCACCCAAGGAGAAAUGGACACCUAGGAUUUGUUGCCUCAACACCUACCUUGGCGCAAAAACACUGGCUCGAACGCUAUAUCUCUUGAGUCUCGUGGUGGACUAACACGUCUAUGUGAUCAGGAAUACUUCGGCACAGCAGUUGCUCCGGUCAAGAAGGUCAUCCUAAACUACGGACCACAAGGACGCAGUCGUGGCUCAGCGACUGUCACUUUCGGCAAGCCGACUGCCGCUGCCCAGGCCGCUACCAAGCUCGACGGUCUCAAGGUUGAGGGCAAGGUGAUGAGAGUAUGUCGUACGACUCCAAUGUCUACUGUCGACGGCAGCUGAUGGAUCGCAGGUCGAGGUCGUCAUGGGAGCCAAGAGCAUCGCGCCCGUAGCCGCGCCCAAGGGGCUCGCCGAGCGAGUGUAAGCACGACCACGGCCAGAUGACGAAGGGAUCGCUGAUUGCAGUCAUAGGCAACCCAAGAACGCCGCUCAAGAACACAAGAAGCACAUGAACAAGAAGGAGGCUCAGCCCAAGGCCGCUGCUGCUGCUACGACCAACGGCGAGGGCAAGGGAAAGAAGAAGCGAACAGGUCGUGCUGGCCGACCGAAGGCGAAGACGGCAGACGAGCUGGACGCAGAGAUGCAGGAUUACUUUGGCGGUGACGCAGCACCAACCAACGGCGCCGCUCAGCCUGCGACCGCGCCCAACGGCGGCGAUGCCAUGGUUGACGAGGUCAUGUAA